AUGAAUAAUGCCACCGCUACUAAUCAUGAAGGUACUGCAGAGUCUCCUCUUCUGUCGGUUGACGAUGCGAUUUGGAUCCAAGGCAUUCUACAGUGUGUUGGCGUUGGACAGUACGCUUUUGUAGGACCUGUCAGCAAGAAGAUGAACCGGCUGUACAAAGAAUACUGCACAAUAGAGCUCACAAAAAAUCCAAGAAAGGUAAAGGAGAACCCAGAGGAUGAUACCGGUAGUCGCUCUGCAGAAAUCACCGACAGUCUUUGCAGCGAAACAUUCUCUAGCCAGCCGCGCGCAGAAUACUGGCUCAAGGACGAUUCUGGAAAUAAGACACCUGAUCAUCAUCAUGUUUGCAAUGCAAUUGCCAAAAUUGGAAAUCUUGCGGUCAUGCAGUGGGCACGACAAAAAGGAUUCCCAUGGAAUAAAGAGACGUGCUUUCAUGCUGCUAGGAAUGGACAUUUAGAACUUCUGAUAUGGUUACGAGAAAAUGGUUGUCCGUGGGAUGAACGGACAUGUUCUAAAGCUGCUGAAGGUGGACAUUUAGAAAUUCUAAAGUGGGCUCGUGAAAACGGUUGUCGAUGGGAUGAAGAUACAUGUGCUAGAGCAGCUGCAGGUGGACAUUGGAAAUUUUGCGUGGGCUCAUGA